UACUGGACGAUCAAAAUGGAUCUAAAGCAGAAAUAUCUAAUGUGAGGUGUUGAAGACAACAGUGAUCAGUGAAGCCAGCUGGUGGACGCGCAGUGUAAACUAUUUUUGUGGGCAGUAAGUCAUGUCCGCUGGCAGUUUGAGGCACAGCUCGGGGCCUGGCAGCUAUAAGCAUGGAACCAGCCAGAGCAGCAGCCAGAGGUCGUCCUAUGAGGAGCGCUGUGUCGACCCAGUGGAAGACCGGCUCCCCAUCCCAGAGCUAAAGUCAGUCCACAAAGCUCAGCUGAAAGAUGCUAACGGAAGGGAGUCUGAGAGCAUUGGCUUCAUUCCUGGCUCAGCUGACCCGGCCUCUGCGACACAAACCUGCAAUCCCUGCUCUCCUCAGAGGAGCUGUAGGACCUUUGUGUGCAGCAUGCUCACCUGCGGCCUGUAUAGGGUCUGCCAAAGAUCCAUCCUCGCUCCGUGCCUGGCGCCAAACGAGAGCUCGCCAGACGAACCAGAGAAGGUGAGCCUCCAAUCUGUGAACCCAGAAGGCAACAAAGAGGAGGACGGCGCAGACUGGCUAGGGGACGUCCGCAUCGGCGGAGUCAAAGUCAACAGUGCAAGAGAGUAUUUGGAUGUUGAAACAAAAUCUCCAUCAUAUGUGCCUUCGCAUGGUGUUCAAACACAGCCCAGCCAUCCGUCUCUGCAUGAGUCCAUGAGGUUCGAAGACUGGGAAGACGGCGAGGAGGACGUGGACUCUCUGAUCACUAAGAAGCUGCUGGAGCUCUACUCUGAGUAUCAGAUUGAAGAGUUGGCCAGGUGCACAUCAGACUCUGUGUUUCUGAGGAAGAGCAAGGCCAUCAACCACCUCAUCAACUCGCUGGCAGAGGAGCACAAAAUGGGGGAGCAGGAGGCGGAGUGCCGGCUGGUGCGCGGCAUCAUUCGCAUCAGCACUCGGAAGAGCUCCAAGAGGAGGCCGCACAUCUCCAGGAUGGAGAGGACGCUGUCGGACAGCGGGAAUGAGACGAUGAGGGAGAGCGAUUCAUUUUCAAUCAGCAACAACAAUGAUUACAAAUCAAAUCCAAACAUCCAAAUAUCUGAACUGACGUCCUCUGACAAGUGUGCCAGAGAUAUGUGGAGGACCAACGGAGGUCAUACUUCCAGUUCUCCAUCAGCCUACUCCCCUUCUCACACAGAGACUAAUUCUUCAGGUGUCCCACUAAUUCGCACCUCUGUGAGAACAUGAUUCCUGCUCCACAAUGGCCAUCUAUGCUUGAAUUAUUUGUCUCGCUGUGUCCACAAGGUCACGUAUGGGGACGUUGAAAGGCGACACUACUUGCACAGGAGUCUCUGGCUGAGCCAAGCUCUUUUUUUUUUUUUUUUUAAGAGACCACGGCUUCGCUGUGGGAAAAAGAAAAUGUGAAUAUUCACAUUGUCUGAAGGACUUCAGUGAACUCAGGUCUCUGUGUGUAGAUAUUUAUGUUUGAUGAAUAGUAUGUGCAUGUUUGAAGGAUUGCUUGAUUGAGACCUUGUCCAGCAGGAAGAUAUCUUUAUGGCUCUUAUUGUAUCACGUUUAACCGACCCCUUGUCCUUGAAGGAGAGUUGUGUUCUUGAACGCUGACUCAUUUUGGCUGGUCAGAUUAUUCUGCUGUUGUUGUGCAAAGGACAUUUGGAUUUAGUUCUGUAAAUUGUAUAUAUAUAAAAAAAAAAAUUGGCACAUUUCAUCAUCAUUUUAUUUUAAUCUAUAUAAUUUGUGUGAUUUUUAAACUGUAUUCAAUGCUUUUCAAUCCAUUGGUUAUGUAUCACAUAUUUACAGUUAAUGAUUCCAGAUGAAUGAUCAGAAAUGAUGCUCUGAGAGUUUUCAUAAUUUGCCAUAUUUCAUACGGAUGUUAGAGGCAUUAUGUUGCAAGUUGUUGUGAAUGGAUGAAGAAACGAUAUUUGACAGGAAGAAUUUUUUUUAUAUUAUGGCUUAAAUCCUCUAUUAUCCUCUAAUAUUGGGUGGAAUUUUUUGUUUUUUUUAUGUGUGCGUCUGAUAGUACAGUAGAAAUAACAAUAGAAAAAGAACAGUUCAACAUUUGUUGGGGGGAAAUGAGCUACUUUGCUUUCUUGCAGAGAGCUACAGGCCAUAUGAAAGUGGUAUCUUCUUGCCAAGUUAAUGAUAUUUGUUUUUUCCCCUUAAGAAAUUCAAGUUCAAAGGUACAGAAAUGAAUUGUGAAAAUGCUGGGGGUUUUUUUUGCUAUUGUGAGGUUAAUGAUGUUCAUAUAGUGUGGAUCAUGUUUUUCUUUCUUUAAAGCUGAUUAUUAUAUAUAGUGUAAUAACGUGAAGCUCAUAAAGCAAAAAUAGCUGUUUGUGACCGUCCUGUCUGUACUCCAGUGUCAAAUUGUAAGAUGUUAUGAAAGCAGCUAGUCUAAUAUAAUGUACUAGAACUAUAAUGACUUUUUCAUGACUCAAGGAGUGAAUGUCUGUUUUCCUACCCCGGCCAUGCUUGCCGUGUUUGCUCCUGGUUUCUGAUGGGAAUUUGGCCAGCUGACUCUGCUGGAAUUUAUUCAGCCCUGUGUGCUUUCUUAUCAGCGUUAGCUUAUGGACCCUAUUGUAAUACCUUCAGUUAACACACAUGGGCAGCUAAUCCACAUGCUUAAAUAAUACUGUCCAGGUUACACUCUUGCCUCCAAGGAUCUAACCGCUUGUGCCUCAUUCAGUUGCAAGUAUAGAAAAAACAAAUAGUGACAGAGAUCAUUUAAGUAACGUAACACCACGGUGUAGUUUUAGUGUGUCAGGAACUUGGCUGCAACAUCACUGUGGUUAUAAUGAAAUGGUGUGAAACUGGUUGCUCAGGUUUUCGACUAGAAGCAGAAAAUGCAACUAUAUUUACGAGGUGAUUAACGUGUCUGUGUCAUAUAAUCUUUAUCUAUAUGAUUAUUAUUAUCAUAUUUCACCAAACUGGUUGACUUACCUGCUAAAUCUUAUCAUUUUGUUCUCAAUAGCACAUUAGAUUUUCUCAGAAGGUUUCCUCAAAUUCAGAAGUAUAAUCACCAAGUGUUGCACUUUGUAUUUUAAGCGAACGGUGUGUUGGCAGGUUGUUCUAGUGACACCAACCUGCCUUUUAACUGAUUUCUUGUUGUAAAAAUAAUAAAGUGAAUGAAGUGAAACAAAAAGGAGAAAUUGUUUGUUUGUCAUUUGCCACAUAUGGCCAC